UGCAGUGCCCAGUUAAGUGCGAAAUAUGUCAGGCAGAGGUAAAGGAGGAAAAGGUCUUGGAAAAGGAGGCGCAAAGCGUCACCGCAAAGUUCUUCGUGAUAACAUCCAGGGGAUCACCAAGCCUGCAAUUAGGCGUCUUGCCCGCCGUGGUGGUGUGAAGCGUAUCUCUGGUCUCAUCUACGAGGAGACCCGUGGUGUGCUGAAGGUUUUCCUGGAGAACGUGAUUCGCGAUGCCGUCACCUACACCGAGCACGCCAAGAGAAAGACUGUGACUGCUAUGGAUGUUGUUUAUGCUUUGAAACGCCAGGGACGUACUCUGUACGGUUUUGGUGGUUAA